GGCUACUACAGAAUCCUCCUUGCGGUAGCCUACUUCCAGUUUCAUGGAAGCGUUAAAAACUGCUUUUUCUCACAGUUUAAGUCCGUCCUAGGUGACGGGGGCUCUGCCGGGGACACUACUUUAUGGAUUAACACGGGCUAAAAGGAGAUAAAAGUAACUGUGUUGCUUCAAGCACUCAUUCUAAAGGGAAGCUAGCAUAGCAACUAGCUUUCUUCUUCUUGACGACCGUCUCCAGGUUUCCCGGUAUACGCGACUUGACGUGACCCGGUUCCGGUAAAGAGAGUCAAAUGGCAGAACCGAGGAAAGUACCGUUCGUCACCAUCUCGUCCUUCAACACCACGCCGGUGGUUCCGACCCCCCAGCAGGAGUCCAGCAAAAAGCGCCGCCGAGAAGAUGAGGCCGUCGAGGUGACUUGUGGGAAAGAUGGAGGUGGAGGUGUUUCGGUUGUCGGGUCAGGAGGUGGAAGUGGAGGAGCUGCGUUCGGGAAUGUGACACCGACAGGAGGGGAUGGAGACACCGUGGAGGUGAAGCCGUCUGUGCGGCUGCUCCUCCCGCUGGCUGAGCCCAGUGACCGGGCUUCUUCAGAGUUCAACUAUGGAGAGCUGGUCAACUCUUCUCAGCCUCAGUCCCAGCCUCAGCCUCAGGUAAAGCCUCCGAGUUCAAAAGUCCCUAAAGGCCUCACCCCCCCACUGGACCCCAGCGACCCAUUUGCUGACGACGACCGGGAGAGACGGGAGGUGGAGGCGAUGGCCAAGAAAUUUGAGAACAAAUACGGUGGUGUCCCAAAGAAGAAGAAGAAAGACCGGAUGCAGGAUCUCAUCGACAUCGGAUACGGCUACGAUGACACCGACCCCUUCAUCGACAACUCGGAGGCUUACGAUGAGCUGGUGCCGGCCUCUCUCACCACCAAACACGGAGGUUUCUACAUCAACACCGGCACGUUGCAGUUCAGAGCGGCUUCAGACUCGGAGGGAGAAAACGCCGGCACGGAGGAUAACCGCUUCAAGAAGAUGAAAGACGGCGAGGAGCGGGUGAUAAAGAAGCGCCGGAAAAAGCAAGAUGGUGGAAUUCUGGAGGAAAAGAAACCCAGGAAGAACAAAGUACCAAAGGCCGGAGUCUCCCUGAACGUCCACCGCCCAGAGAAGAAGAAGAGGAAGAAGCUGAUGAAGGACUCCAUCCACCUGGCCAACAUGCUGCGCCGCUUCACCCGGGAGAAGGAGGAGAUGCGCAAGAAGAACUUCAACGCUGCCACGCUGGCUCGAGCCGCCGCCAAAGCUCCCGCUGCCGCCGCCGCCGCCAACAGCAACACGCUACUCAACGCCCAGGCUAAGGUCGCCGGAGGCAACGAGUGCAACAUGACCGACCUGGCCGCCGACCCCGCCGUGAUGUCACUGCUCGGCUCGGCCAACAACGACAUCCUGCAGGACAUGAUGGGCGACCUGGACUUCGGGAUGCUGGACUCGCCGCAGCACAGUCCUCUGCAGGGGGAGAACGGAGCCUUCGGGCACAAAGCCGGGGGGGUCAGGGGGAGUCAGGGGGUGAUGGCCCCGCCUCCUCUGCCCAGCGGACUCCCGGCGCCGCUCACUAAACGCAUCGAGGACUUGAGAGCGGCGUCCCGUCUGUUUGACGCCGAGGGCAGGAAGAAGUUCUUCACACUGGACAUGAACAACAUCCUGCUGGAUAUUGAGCUGCAGGUGCAGGAGCAGCCGGCUGAGGUGCGCUCGGUGGUCUACUCUCACCUGGAGGCCUUCGUGCCCUGCAACAAAGAGGCUCUGCUCAAACGCCUCAAGAAGCUCAGCCUCAACAUACAGGACGACCGUCUCCGGACGCCGCUGCUGAAGCUGAAGCUGGCGGUGUGCAGUGUGAUGCCGGAGCAGAUCGCUCGCUACAACAUGGACUGUAUCGCCAAAGUGGCAAAGCAGCAGUCGGGCGAGGCGGAGAAGAACGGCUCUGAAGACGAUGACGAGGAGAAGCCGGGGAAGAGGGUGAUGGGCCCCCGCAAGAAGUUUGUCUGGGACGACAAACUCCGGUUGUUGCUGUGUACCCUGGUGCGGGUGAAGCUAGGCUGCUACGAGCUGGAGGGGAAGAACUCCCUCUCUCUGGAGGAUUACCUCAAAGCCUUCAUGGAGACGGAGGUGAAGCCGCUCUGGCCCAAAGGCUGGAUGCAGGCCAGGAUGCUGUUCAAGGAGAGCAUCAUGGCUCACGGCCACAUCACAGGCUACACGGCGAAGAAAAAGAUGGUCUCCACUCCCAAAGCCAAACCAAAGGAGGCGGUGUGGAUGCAGCGCUCGGCUCCUUCAGCGGUCCAGUGUCCUGCAGCUCAGGUUGCUAAGCGACCGCCCCCCUCUCCGUCUGAGCCCAUCUGUGUGGACUCUCUGGACGAUCAGCUGACGGCUCCGUCCCUCGACUCCAUCUCUCAGGCUCUGGCCAUCCUUGGGAACGCCGCCAAGGGCCUCGCUCAGGGAGAUAAUCCCCCCUCCCCCGACAGACCCAAACCCACCCUCACCCAGACCCUCACCCCCACCUCUAAACCCUCCCAGCACAGCGCCUCGUCGCUCCUCCUGCAGCAGAAGAAGAACUCCCUCAGUUCACCCAUCUACAUCUCUACCUCCGCCUCCCCCUCCACCCCCCUGUCCCGGCCUCUCCUCUCCUCCCCCUCGACCCCCUUGACCCGGCCCCUCUCCGUCACCUCCGCCCCCCUCCCCUCGGUGAGGGUGGAUGGGAUGGGGGUGGCGCACAGACUCUCGGUGCUGAACACUCCCAGGACGUUACCUUUGGGGGGGUCUAAAGCCAGCAUGGUCGCCUCGGCGUCUCCCCCCAAACCGCGUCCCCCUCCCACCUCGUCGCCCCUCGUGGCCCCCGGGUCGAAGCCCUCCCCCUCCCCCCUCCUCAAAGGCAGCAAUAACAAACCGGGGGAGACCAUCAUCAUCACCUCCCCUCGUCCUCACCUCAUUUCCUCCCCCCACAUGAUCCCCAAAACCUUCCUGUCUCCCCGCCUCCCCCUGUCUAAACCCUCCACCCCCCUCCCUCAGCCCCAAUCUAACUUUAUCACCCCCAUGCACGCCACCCUCACCAAGUCCACCCACAGUAGCAUCGUGAAGCUCACCCCCCGCACCCUCGUCACCACGGCCUCCCCCUCACCCGUCGUCUCCCAAACCCCCCAAAGGUCUCAGGCCAACCCCCCCAUGCACCAGUACUCUGCCAAAAGCCCCGCUGGUUUCCGCCCGCAGUUCUCAGGUGCCCAGGGGGGGUUGUUGAAGACGGGUAUCUACACUCCCCCGGGGGGGCAGAAGACCCCCAGCAGCAGCACCAACACCAGCCUUAUUAACGCCUCACCCAUCAGCAAGCAUUCAGGAUCCAGUGCCUCCCCCAUCAUAGUCUCGGCCAAUCAGGGCCAGCGUCAGAGGCUGGGGGGCGGCACAUCUCAGGGGGCCAAACAGGUCGUGUCCGUCACUUCGUCGUCCGUCUCCUCUCAGUUACCACAGGUCUCCACAGCAGGAGGCAGUCUGCUGGGCUCCGGCUCGCCCCUCGGUCUGGGCUUUGGGAUGCUGGGGGGUCUGGUUCCCGUCUCACUGCCCUUCCAGUUUCCCCAGCUGCUCAACCUGCCCCCUCUGGGCAGCGGCUCCAGCGCAGCCAACAGCAGCAGCGCAGCCAGCAGCAACGCAGCCUUCAACACCCUGACGCAGAAUCUGUAUAAGAGUCUCCAGUCAGGGUCUCAGGUUGCUCUGCCUCCUCACUUGCAGCUCGCUUUCUCAGAUGUCACUCAGAGCCAGGGGGGGGACGCUAAGAGGAAGCUAUGAUACCUGCGGGAUCAUGAGACGACCGGGUGUUGCAUCAGGACGGAGCUUCAGGGGACGGAGGACCGGGUUACACUUCCUGAAUCUGAGAGGAUCGGCUCAACUUUUCAUAAAAUCAGUGAAAUAUAACUUUUUUAAGAUGAUUUGAUAACUUUUUAAAUCCUAUGGAGGGGUGCAGGGAUGAGGUAUUUUUGUAGGUUGACCCGGAGGUUGGCUUCUCCUUGGUUCCCUCCUCAGAGAGCCAAUGGGAUCCCUCCAUAUCGCUGAAAAUAAUCUGUGUAUUUAUGACUAUGCUAUAAAGGAACGACAGCACAUGGCUUCACGUCUCCACCGACGUUUAGUCGUCUCAGUUAGAGUCUUGUUUGCAACCACCGUUUAAAUCCACCAGAGGGGUAUUAAAUGUCCCUUCAGCUGCUUUGAGACGCAGGGUAUGGAGAUAAAGGACAAACACAUGUUCGGUGCUGAUGUGAGACACCUGUGGUUUAAUAAAAGACAAUAAACUGCUCCGGACGUUCUUCAGCGAGAUUCAUCAGUGAGCAAAGCGACAGGAAAAUGAAGCGUGAGUUGGAUGUUUCAUCAGGAAGUAAAGAAAGGUUUUGUUGGCCAUUUAUUCAACCCUGUAGUGUGGCCUUAUAGUGAAACAGGGCCCAAGUAACAACAUCCUCCGCUUGAUUCCAGAUGUGAAGCAAAAAUGACCCCACAGAAUGAGGCACUAGCUAAUGCUAUAAAUAUCCACAACAGGAGUGAUCGUGUGUUCCAUCCAGGCAGUUCUGGUGACAUUGAACUCCCCAUUUGGAUCGAAACAACUCUUAAAGCUGACGUGAAGAAAAAACAAGUGUUAGUCCCAAACAUAUUCAAAACACUCAUUGGCUUCCAGACGAGGGAACAGGAAGUGCUAAAAAUGCUGACUCAUCUCCAGGUUUUAGGACUCAUCCCUGCACCACUCUGUUCCUCGUAAAGAAAUGACAAACACAGUUGUCAAUGUUUACAAGAUAGACCUAUAUCACUGUGGACAGGGAGAAGGAUGAAUGGGAUUUAUAGGUGUGUGUGUGUGAAUGUGUGUGAGAGUGUGUGUGUGAAUGGUUUUGGUAGCUGGGAUUGGACGUGUGCCUUCUGUGUGUCUCCCUCUCUGAUGCAUGGUCAGUUUGUGUAUUUGGUGCUGUUUUUAUCAUCGUGUAAUUAUCACUUGAUACCUGUGAGAAAUGUAAACUGCAAAUAGAAUUUGAGCUUUUUGUUUUUUUUCAAUGAGCUGUUCGCUUUUUUAAAAUUGUACUUGAACUCUUUAAUGAAUUUCUGUAUAGAACUCGAACCUGCUUUUAAUUAAAUAAGUUCCCUCACAAUGGA